CCCUAAGUUCACUCCCUUUAUCCGCUGCUAGCCUAAAACUACGCCGUAUUUGUAAACGGUCGGUGUCUCUUUCCUCAAAUUUCGUCGUUUUUUUUUUCUUUUUCUAACGUGCGCCAUGAGUCUUCUUGAUCAUCUCUGGGACGACACCGUUGCUGGUCCUCUUCCGGACAACGGCCUCGGGAAGCUCCGGAAGAAACCGAGCUACGGCCUCCGGCCAAACUCCGGCAAGGAAUCUGAUGGUAGUGGUGGUAGCGUGAUGAGGUCGUACGGUGGUGAAGCGACGACGGAGGAGACGAAGAAAGUGACAAGGAGUAUCAUGAUAGUAAGACCACCGGGAUACCAGAAUAACGGCUCCUCUGCCACUCCCCCGGCGUCACCAGCUGGUUCUUCUCCUCCGCUGUCUCCUUUCUCUGGGUUUGGUUGGCAUAUCACAUCAAGAUUACGUGUGAUGGAUAAUGACUGAUAAUGUGGGAGAAGUGAGGAUGAGUGAACCUGGUGGUCACUGACUUCAACCGAUUGUAUUUUGUUAAGGAAGCAGAGAGUCCUUUCGGUUUCGAAGAAGGUCUACGUCGGACGCAUACGAGAAGACAACCGAGAUUGGACCCAGAAUUCCUACUUCUCCUUACGGCGAAUGAUAUAUGAGCCUUUUACAUCUUCUCCGGCAUCUCCACGUAUUCUCUCACCUCUCUACGUCCUGUUUGUUUGGGUUUGUAGUGAAGUAGUAUAUCCAAGUGCGUGUUUUUGUGUAGUUGAUAAAACUGCUGCGUUUCGAACCUUAUGCCUUCGUGUUGAUGGCCAGUGAAACUGGUGGUGAGUUGUAAUAUAUAUGUAGAGUUGGUAUUCCACGAUGCAGCUUCUCGUUGUCUAUCUGUAUUUGUAGCUCUUCUCAUUUUCGUC